CAGCGGAAAUCGCAGAGGAAGAGGACAGGAGCAACGAGUCAACAGAAACGUCGCCGGUACAGCUUCUUCAUAAAUCAUUAUUUUGUUUAGAAUGCGAUCCUGAUACCUUUUACUCUAAAGAUGGCUUUCCUAGACAUACAUGUUAUGUUGACAUGAAUAAGGGGGAUUCGAGUGAAUAUGAAUGAGAUGGAGACGAUGGACUCACCUGUUAUCACAUCUUUACAUCAGGGUGAUGAAAAUGAAAUGCAGUCUGAAAAUGAUCUAGACAGUAUUACAGAGGUGGAAGACCUCGUCACUCUCCCAAGAAUUGAAAGAGGCAAAGAGAGAAAGCUUCUAGACCUUCCCUCAGAAGACAACUUAAACCCAAAUCAUCUUCCUGUGGACAUUCAAAAAGAUGACGCUGUUGUGUUUGAUGCGUCAGAAACUGUUAACACGUCAGAGGACAAUGCCCAUGAAGACUCUGGUGAAUUUGUUGUAGCCAUGUUAGCUCGAGGAACGCUGGAAGAGCAGGGUGUGUGCACAAAGAGAAUUUCGUCCCCUCUCUCAGAAACUCCCCUAGAGGCUUCCUCUCACUGGGACGAGGAUGUGACUGCAGAGAGCUGGAGACAGCACCGGAAGCAUGUAUUUGUUCUGAGCGAGGCCGGGAAGCCCAUCUACUCCCGCUACGGCAGUGAGGAAGCCCUCUCCUCCACCAUGGGGGUCAUGAUGGCUCUGGUGUCCUUCAUUCAGAGCGGGGACAAUGUCAUUCGUUCUGUCUACUCAGAUGAGCAUACAGUGGUCUUCAUGCAGCAGGGGCCUCUGGUGCUUGUCUCGGUCUCUAGCACCCAUCAGUCCGAGCAGCAGCUACGCAAUGAACUGCUUUAUGUCUAUAACCAGAUUGUGAGCAUGCUUACCCAAGCCAGCAUCACUCGCAUUUUUGAGCACAAGAAGAACUACGACUUGCGCCGCUUGCUGGCUGGCUCAGAGAAAAUCCUAGAUGGUUUACUAAACCUGGUUGACUUUGACCCUAGUUUCUUGCUUUCAGCCGUGCACUGUCUACCUAUUGCCUCUUCAUUCAGGGACUCUCUUAGCCAGAUACUUCAGAAAGCCAUCACUCCCAACCUAGUCUUCUCUAUACUCAUUGCAAAGAACCAGCUGCUCACCAUUGCACAGGAGAGGAUGGUGAUUGAGGAUGCCAAGCUGGACCCUGCUGAUCUUCACCUACUGCUCAACCUUAUUGGUGCCUCCUCUGCAUUCCAGGCUGGUGAGAUCUGGACCCCAAUCUGCCUCCCCAGCUUUAACCCUGACUGUUAUUUUUACGCCUACAUAUCCUAUCUUGACCCCCCUGAGUGCACUGUGUGCCUGCUGCUGCUGUCCACAGACAAUGAGGCAUUUUAUGCAGUGGCAGAGUGCAAGAGGAAGAUUGAGGAAGCCAUGCAGGCUCAAAAUGCUCUGACCUCCAUUGCCAAAGCUCAGUCCUACAGCGUUAGUCAGGUGGGAGUGUCUGAUCUCCGGCACUUUAUGUACAAGCCUUUUGAUGUUCCAGACAACCACCAUCAGCUAACCCAGUUCACCAGCCCAGAGAUGGAAGCUCCUUAUGACAGUGAGGAGGAGAAGAUGAGGCUGCUGGACCUUUACAGAGAUGUGCAUGGCCGCAUACACAACACUGCACGCCCUCUUAAACUCAUAUACCAUGUGGCGGCGCGAGAGACCCUGCUGGCCUGGGUUACAACCAAAUUUGAGCUGUAUACUUGCUUUAGCCCUCUUGUAACAAAGUCCUAUGCCAUCAAUGCUAUUACGAAACUGCUGCGGUGGGUGAAGAAGGAGGAGGACCGUCUCUUUAUACGAUAUCCCCCGAAGUACUCAACUACACCCAAUGCAAGCAAAAGCUAAAAGUGGUGCUCAGUUGGUUCUGCUAAGAACAACGUUCUCUGUGUCGGAACUGACACUCAGCACUCUGUUUCAGAUGGAUAUGGAUCAUGCUGAGCACUAAAUUCUUCCCAAUACCUCAGCAGCAUUGGAGAGCUCUUCACUUUAUUAUUUUUGUUAUUAAUAGUAAUGUUUGGAAUGUUACAGUCCUAACUUAACAUGUCUUUGGAUGAUGGAAUGAUGUAGGUGCUUGAUUUAUUGAUUUUGUACUAAAAUUAUCAUGCGUCAAAUCAGGGAUGUCAGUUUACACAAAUUCCCAUGAUCGAUCGUCAUUUAAAUUCAUUAAUUAUUCGUUAACCUUAAUACCGCAAGAUGUGUCUACUGCAGUGGCAUAUAGCAUGACAGGGUGUGAAAAUCCCACUCAAAACACCAGCCAAUGCAUAUUACCGAACAUUCUGAGAAUACGAAAAAGCAUACUUUUACUCAUGAAUGUCCAUAACGUGUUACAUGCGUACACCAUUUAUUAAUAAUUUCGGCGGUCCUGCUUGAAGUUGACACUUGCAUACCUCACAUAGAUAACAUUUCAUUAUUUAUAUAUUACAUGUUCAGAAGCUAAAUGUACCCGUUAGAUGAUAUGCUAAUCCAUUUCAGAAUCCAUUCUUGACGGAAUGAUGUAGUCCGGCUGAAGGAAAUUCAGUAAUAAAUAAAUGGUGUAGGCUUGUAACACGUUAUUGACAUUCAUGAGUAAAAGUACACUUUUUUCCCCAUAAUAUCCUAUGCAUAUUUGGGAAGAAAAUAACACUUAUAAUAAAACAACCUUUAUACUUACAUGGAUGCACGCAAUAUGAUUAGGCUCUGUUGCCAGAGUGCACAUCUGUGACACAUCGUAUAUUAUAGCCAUUACAUUUGAUUUAUUAAAUAAGUCAUUUUAUCAAAUGAUCAUAAUCACAUCGAUUCAUUUUACAGUCCUAUUAGCCUAUUAUUUAGAAUAAAAACCUUUUCAUCUGGGUGAGGAAACUGGCGUUUUGAGUGGGAUUUUCACACCCUCUCACAGCGGUGGCUAUGCCAUUGUAGUAGAUGCAUCUUGCGGUAUUAAGAUGAACAAUUAAUAGAUUCAUUGAUCAUUAAUUUAAAUGGUGACCGAUCAUGGGAAUUUGUGUAAAUUUGCAUCCCAAAUUUUAAAACACAAUCACAAUGUUUGCAAUUAACAUCAUCACCAUUUAAACUAAAAUGAUCCCAAACGUAACUACUGCGUGCUCACCUUCAUUUUUCCUCAUGUGUCUGCUGCGUGUGUUUUGUGUAUGAGCGGCCACGCAUCUCAAAACUACACACUCUAAUGAUGACCUUGCUUAAUCGACCGUCGAUAAGUUUUAUCAAUUCAGUAAUUAACGACAAUUACUUGAUCAUCGAUUAAUCAUUCGCAUCCUUGCUUCAAAUAAUUCAGACAUUAGGCUCCAUGUAUUCACCAUUUCAAAUGCUGAUAUUCCUUUAUUAGAAGGAAAAGUGUGUUCUCUCUCCAGACUAACAUUAAUUUAAUAUGAAUAAUUAAAUAGUGGCAGUGUGUGAUUCAAACUUUGCCCAAACUAUAUUUUUACUCUCAAACCUUUUUCAUGUCAGUGUUGUAUAAAAUUGAGCUGUUUGACAGUUGAGAGUUUAUUUUUAAAGGGACACCAAUAGUGGCCACUAGGCUUGUGCAGUAUCAAUGAAUAACAAUAUUAUUGUACCUGCAUGAUAUUACAUUAUAUGAGGUAUAUUGUCAAUCAAUUACAAAUAAUGUUAAUGAUUAUGAUGUGAAUAGAAAGUGAAUAAAUUCACUGUUUUGUUAUUUCGUUUUGACUGGUGCUCUCCUGCACAACAUUGUGCUGCAUAAAUAGAAAAUAUUGGCCAUGUGGAUACUAGACAACUGAUUUCUAAAAGGAUGACAUCGUUGUGUUUUAAAAAAAAUAAAAUAAAACUGUUUACUGUG